CCUGUCAUGGCCGAGGGUUUCAAAUUAUACCAUUACAACCCGUCUGCUAGUGCUGCCGUCACCUUUGCAGCACUCUUUGGGCUCACUGCCGUUGCACAUAUGUGGCAAUUAGGUCGGAACCGAACCUGGUACUUCAUACCAUUUGUCAUCGGUUGUUUAUUUGAGGCAUUCGGCUACUUGGCAAGGUACGCCAGCGCAGAGGAAGCCCCGGAUUUCACCACAAAACCAUAUAUUGCACAAAGCUUGAUGCUCCUGCUAGCACCUGCAUUCUUUGCGGCUUCUAUAUACAUGAUUCUUGGUCGCAUCAUUCGUCUGCUGAACGCAGACUCGUGUUCCCUAGUCAGGCCAUCGUGGUUGACUAAGAUAUUUGUGACGGGUGAUGUGCUAUCAUUUUUCAUCCAGAGUGGAGGAGGUGGCUUGCUUGCUACAGCGAAGGACGAGUCGAAAGUAUCACUUGGAAACAACAUGAUUGUUGCUGGACUUUUCGUUCAAAUUCUAUUCUUCGGCUUCUUCAUUAGCAUUUCCUUUGUUUUUCACCGACGCGUACUAGCUACACCUUCGCAUGCUGUGGGCGACACUCAAAUUCCCUGGGCCCGCUAUAUGAAGGUCCUGUAUGUUGCCAGUAUCUUGGUCAUGGUUCGAUCAAUCUACAGAGUGGCAGAAUAUGUCCAGGGCAGCGGCGGAUUUCUACAAAGUAAGGAGGUAUUCAUAUAUGUAUUUGAUGCGGUGUUGAUGUUCAUUUGCUGUCUUGUUUUCAAUUUCUUCCAUCCGAGCAAGAUUCUCUCAGGCUAUCAGAAAGCUCAGGAAGACCAGGAUCAUGAAUUGUUGAACCAUGGUGAACAUACCGGAUAUACAGGGGCCAGGUACAAUUGA